AUGGAUAAUUCAAGAUUUUUACCAUCGGACGGCGAGCGUGGUUACCUUGAAGGCCUAGCGUCACGAUACGCAGACUUAUUUAGCACCCAUUACGUAGACGUAUUAGGUCAUCUCGAAGAUCUGAGGAGGAUAGAAUGGACGGAAACGUCUCCAAAGGAGCGGAAGGUGACGACUCCUGUUACUCCACCUGAAAAACUUAGUUCUAACAGCCAUCUUUUCUUACAGCCCUCUAGUUGUUUGAGCGACAAAGAAGAAGAUGAAAUAUACGGUUUCGGUUACGGGGUAUUUGCCUCUCAAAUAGCUAGGCAACAGCAACAACGAUUAGUCGGCCAGCAACAGAAUCAACAGACCGCAACCAGCCAUCAACCCCUCCUAGUUCAGCAGCACCACAACUAUCAAACACUAUUUAGUUUUAGUUUAAAAUUAUUUAAAAUUAUUAGAUGA